AUGCAGAAUCAAGGUUGUUCAACACAGCAAAACCCGCAACAAGAACAAAGGAGGAAUCUCCAAGCUGACACAAGUACAAAACGAGGAGAAAGGUCCCAUUCUGCAUCCCCAGACAAGGGCAGUGCUCCAACUUCUCCUUAUUCAGUACCACAGAUAGCUCCGUUGCCCAGCAGUACUCUAUGUCCUAUUUGUGCAACAACCGAGCUGAACUCUUAUCCAAAACAGCCAAACUUCAACACUUGUACUCAAUGUCGAUCGGUAGUGUGCAAGCAGUGUGGAUUUAAUCCUAAUCCUCACAUUACAGAGGUGGAAGAAUGGUUGUGCUUAAACUGUCAGAUGCAGAGAGCUCUGGGAAUGGACAUGACCACUGCACCACGCUCGAAAAGUCAGCAACAACUACACUCUCCAUCACACCAGGCCCAAACAGAACCACAAACAAAAGCGCAACGACAGCCUCAAACAGAUCCAGUCCCCCAACAAGGAAGGACUACACCAAUAAAAAGAGAGAUCCCUAAAGUGCCAUCUACUGCAGAACAUAAGCCUGAGACUAGGAUGCAACCGAGUGAACGUGAGAAACAGGGGCCAAUAACAACUAAAUCCGAAUUGCAGCCUGUUGCCCAACCGCAAAUGGUUGCCCAGUCUGAGGCAAUCAGGCCAGUUGGUAAGAGCCAACAAACUAAGCCUGCUCCUGCAGAACAAAGACGAACAACAGAUGGUUCACCAGCAAGAACGCAAGCAGGGCCCUCCAAUAUAUCCCAAGAUCAGGAGGGCAUUACUGGUAAACUUUUUGGGUUUGGAACUUCUCUUUUAAGCCAGGCCACCAGUCUUAUAUCCACUCAGCCAGAACAGACAUCACAAAGUCAGCAAUCACCUGCUAAAGGAUCUGCAGCUAAACAGGCCCCAGAAAUAAUUUUCAGUGAUCAAAGCACAGAAUUGAGCUCAAAGUUGCAAAGUUCGACGGCAGGAUUGCAAGUUAAAACUGAGGCUGUCACCGCAGCUAAACAAGAGAAACUAGAGCCAGUCACUAAACAGAAAGAAGUCAACAAGCCCAAAGUAUUGUGUCCUCUCUGUAAAACAGAACUGAAUGUGGGAUCAAGUCAGACUCCCAACUUCAAUAAUUGCACUGAAUGCAAAGUCCAAGUGUGCAACAUGUGUGGUUUCAAUCCAACGCCGCACCUGGUAGAGAGAAAUGAAUGGCUUUGUUUGAACUGUCAGACCCAACGACUGAUGUCUGGAAAUUUGGGAGAUGCACCACUUCCUGUCCCAUCACCGGUAUCAAAGCAACAGCCGUCAAUGUCACCACACCAUCAAACAGGGCAAACAGGUGUCAGUGUGCAACAAAGAAAAGGGGCUAGCCAACAGCAAGCUGGCCCUGUCCAACCGCAGAAGGUCCCUGUAGCAUCGGGUCAACAAUUAUCUCAACAUAAGGAAACACCAACUGCUAAACCGGGAAAACCCAUGCAAACGAAACAACAAGGUCCAAUGGUUGUGGAUAAGCAACAUGCUCAGCAAAUGCAUCCUGGGCAAAGCGAGGCCCAGACUACGAUCCCAAAAAAGUCACAGUCACCAAGGGAGAAGCCAAAACCUGCAAUACAGAGCACCACCAUACCUGCAUCAUCAAAAGUGAUCAGUACUGACAAAAAAGUUGACCCUUCUACAAAAGAGACCUCCCAAGCAGCUGAACUACAGAAAGCAAAAAUUCAAGAGGAGUUGAGUAAAGGCUAUCCUCAAGAACAGUCACGUAGCCCACAAAGUUUAAGUGAUACAGGCUACUCGUCAGAUGGCAUCUCGAGUUCUCAGAGUGAGAUUACAACAUCACUGCACCAUGAGGCACAAAAGCUUAAUGAGUCUGGUCCAAUGCAACAGAGUCCAAAGAGCCCUUCAGAAUUUAACAAGUUGGAGAGCAGUGUACGGCCAUUGCUGGAAUCCCAAAGUGUUCAAGACAAAGCUGAAAGGGAAAGGACUGCUCAAAGUUCAAGUGAAGAACAAAGACAGGGGUAUAGACCCCGAUCGCUUUCAAUUACUCCAGAGUCUUAUAGUUCAGAUGAAGAGCUGGAAGAUAUACAAGAAGAGGAUGAAGACACUUUUGAAUUGGAAAACCAAGGUGAGCGAAGAGAAAGCCUGGAGUCGUUGGAUGAAUUUGGCAGGAAACUGCAGCAUGGCUAUGUUGAAGACCGUAGUGGAAGUGCAGUAUCAGCUCCUCAUGCUAAGAAUAUACAAUCUGGAGCAGAAUUAACCGAUGAAGAAUUUAUGCGAAGGCAGUUGUUGGAAAUGAGUGCAGAAGAGGAUAAUGUCUCUGUGGAAAAUGAGGACUUGGAUAGUCAUGUUAAACGUGUUAGUAUAAAGAAGAGUCAGAAACGUAAUUCAGAGUCUAAUAAGCAAAGCCCUUCAAAGCAACGUCAGGAUCCCAGUACAAAGGAACAUGAAGAUACAUACAGGGAAUCCCUGAAUCGUGCAGAAGAGGAUUCAGUGGGAGAACCAGCUGGGCUACGACGCUUCAAGACUAUAGACUUGAAUACUACAAACACUUACAUCAGUCGAGAUGUCGAAGGUUGUAGUGAAGCAGACCUCAGUAUUGAUAGAGAACCUGAACUUGAGAUGGAAAGUUUGACUGGGUCACCAGAUGAAAAAUCAAAGGGUGAAUACUCAUCCACAUUGCCACCCUCAACACCUACUUUUUCAUCAGGCACUUCACCAACUUCUGUCUCCUCAAUGGAAGAAGACAGUGACAGUAGUCCAAGCCGGAGACACAGACUUGAAGAGGUGAAGCAGCAGAGAAAGGCAAGACAUCGAUCGCAUGGUCCUCUGUUGCCAACUAUUGAGGACUCUUCUGAGGAAGAGGAGUUACGAGAGGAAGAAGAGCUGCUUCGAGAGCAGGAGAAGAUGCGUGAGGUGGAACAACAUCGCAUUCGAAGCACAGCACGUAAAGCAAAAAGGGACAAAGAAGAAUUAAGGGCACAGAGAAGACGCGAAAGAUCCAAAACACCGCCAAGCAAUCUUUCUCCCAUCGAGGAUGCUUCUCCCACAGAAGAGUUGCGCCAAGCUGCAGAAAUGGAAGAACUCCAUCGGUCAUCUUGUUCUGAGUAUUCACCCACGAUGGAUUCAGAAGCUGAGGGUUUUGAAAUAACAACCUGCAGAUUAUACAAAUCUGGCAGCGAAUACAACCUCCCAUCGUUUAUGUCCUUGUAUUCUCCAACUGAAAAAUCAACUACCAGUAGUUCUUCAGUAAAUCAAAAACCAUUGAAAAGUGCCGAGGAAGCAUAUGAAGAAAUGAUGAGGAAAGCCGAAAUGCUAAAGACACAGCAGCCAGCACAGACAAUGGCUUAUGGCAGUUCUUACCAACAAGAUGAUUACAUGCAGAAUAAUUACAAGUACCAAUCUUCAGAUGUCUACACUUACUCGAACAAUGAAAUAACAUUAUCUCAGACAAGUGUACCAGGUGAGCUGCAGAAAGCAGAAGCAUAUGAGAUUACUGCAAAAACUGCUGCACAAACUCCAAAACUGUCCCAUUCACCAUCGCUGGAGCUCCGCCUGCAGCAACAAAAUGCUCAAUUACAAAACCUUGAGAGGUCUUUUCAGGAAAAGAAGCUUCUUGAUGCGCAAAGUGCUUACACAGAAUUAGCAAAGCAAACAGAUGCACUUCUUACACCUGGAACAAGUCCCACCCAGUCAUCUGCACCAAUGACUUUUAUUUCAUCUCAAGCUAAUAGAGGCAUCCCUGAUGUUCGGGUGACUCAGUAUUUUAUGAGAGACAUGCAGGACCAGACUGCAACACCAAUCGGAACCAAGGUCGACACCUCACAUAUUGUAACAGCCUCUUACACAACAUACAACAAAAAAUCAGCUGUGACUGUGGCCACUGCAAUAGUAAGUCAGUCCUCUAUGUCUGCAAGAUCUUCUCCCAUAGAUCGAAGUAUGGGAUACAUUCAAGUCAGGCCUUCAGAUCCGGGAAUCUCAACACCAUAUUGCUCUCAAAAUAAUUUGUCUGGGGGUAAGAAAUUCAGCGAAUCUUAUGGGGCACCAAAUCUUGAUGGAACAUCCACACAGACACCUGGGAGCUUUUUCAAAACUCCUAGCCCCGAGGAGCCCCUAUCGCCAUCAUCGCAGACAGCAGUAACUAGAACUGACACAUCAACAACUUCCCUGUCCAGUGGUAAAUCCACUACAGAAUUUUCAACACAGACUUCCAACGCCAGAGUUAUCUUGCCUUCCAAUGUGACCGUGGCCUCAUCACCCUCCACAAUGAUGGCUCAGGGUACUCAGACAUCAGCGAGGUCACCCCGACUCACUCGGCAAAUAUCCUCUCCCGAAUCCACGUGCAUGGUCAUUACUCUGGCAUCAAAUGUUUCAUCUUCAGCCCAACCGUUAGCCAUCAACUCAUCUGUGUCACCAAAUGCCUCGCCGACUCGGUUGAAUCGACAACAAACCUUGCACGGUUGGACACAGCCAGUGCCUGCUUCAACACCACAGCAGAUGCAGCUCCAGCCCAUGUAUGCCAAGUCUUCAUCACAGAAUGAUAGAACAUCCAUGAUGCAGCCUACUCAGAGAGGACAGAUAUCUUCAACAGUUGUCACAACUUCUGUGCUUGGUCAAGUGGUUCCUGUGGAAAAUACCUGUUUCAACAAAGCAUCGUGGUUUUACCAGAAUGCAAAUGCAAACAUAAACUCAGUGGAAGUUUCAAGGACAGGUAGCUCUAUAGUAGAUCUCCGAACAGCUACUAAAUCACCUCCUGUUAUCAUAACAGAUCAUGGAAUGGAUUUGACAUCUUUAGCUACAGAAAGUAGAAAAUACUCACUUGAAUCAGACCAGAUUCCAUGUCGUCAGUCCACUGCUGUGCAGCCAUUAAUCAUGAAUCUUAAUGUGCAGGAAUAUCCGCAUGUAAAUACGACUUCUAAUACGACAGUGGGCAUAACAAUAACAUCAUCAAUGCUAAUUUCCCAAUCCAAAGUACCAAAAAUAUAUGGAGAUCCUUUCCAGAAUCUAAUGGAUCUUGGUCAUGGCACAGCCACAGCAAUCUGUCUCACACAAGCAAGACAGCUUGAAUCAAUGGUCCAACCCCUUACUGUAACAGAAAGUGGAACCAAUACAGAUAUGGCAACAGUUACAACAAAAUCAGGUUUUACUAGUCAAAUCCAGCCACAUUUUGCUAGAUUUAACUUAGCUAACCAAAUGACUCCAGUGCGCAAACUGGACAUGUUAGUGAAUCAGGGCAACAUUAAUAACGCCAUUAGUGUUAGUGCCAUUCCAAGAUCAGUGCCUCUUGAUAGUGGCUUUGUCACUUCACAGGUACACCAAGAAGCAUCACUGGAAUUAAAGCCAUCUGCUCCUCCAGCAAACGUGCUGGGAGCGAAAGCACACACUAUGAUGGUGCAACUGGAUAGCACAGCAGCUGGCACAGUUACAAAGCUGUUAAAGCAAGAUACUCCUUCGAAUGCUUUGGAUUUGACCGGAGCCAAACCAGAAAGGGCUGUUUGUUGUGAUGUUGUGUAUAAAUUUCCUUUUGCUAGUAGCUGCACAGGGUCAUUUAAUUCAGGCACCCAAGUCCCAGAACAAGCAAUGACUGAACCACAGCUCGAUGACAGGAAUAUUGCUCAGAAAUACUAUGACAACAGGGCUCAGGAGCCUGUUGACAGUUACCAGUAUAAAGAGCCCAUGGCUACUUACCAGGACGGUUCUAAUUUGUAUAAAGAGCACAAAACAUUUCCUCAGGUAUUUUCUGGGCGACUACAUUCAUCCAUGUCAGACUCUAAUUUGUUAGAAGCUAGUCUUAAUUACAACCUAAUGAAGGACGAACCUUUUUAUCACCCGCCCGGAGGAGAUGCAGCUGUAGAUCUGAGUACAAUGAGACAGUCCUACAGUUUAUCUUUCGGCCAGGGGAGCGAUUGGGAGCUUGGAAUGCAGUAUGGUUCCUUCACUGACCUGAGACAACAGUCAGAUAUCCUGAGCCAACCCACGCCUAUAAGAAGAUAUAGUUCAAUGUCUAAUAUUCAUUCUGGUUAUGGUUACUCAAUACGAGAGGAUUUGCCAAAUUUUCAAGAGGCUAGUUUGGCCCAAUACAGCGCAACCACUGCUCGCGAGAUUAGCAGGAUGUGUGCAGCCCUAAAUUCCAUGGAUCAUUACGGAACCCGAUAUACAAACAGUUCAGAUUCCCUUCAGUAUGGACCAGCUGGGCCAAAUGCUCACUGCAGUGAACUUGCAAGAAACAGUGUAAUGUCACACCAUCAAGGAAUGCCACCACUGAAACAAGACAUGAAGUAUCGUCCAAACCUGUCUGACUCCCGACGUCGUAUUGCAGUGCAUGGCUUUGGCAACAUGCCGCAAGCAGUACGUUUGAGAGCCAUUAGGCACAUGUAUCCUUCAGCUGCUCCCGUGAGAGCACCUGAUGGCAUGAUUUACUCUACAAUCAAUACUCCAAUUGCUUCCACGCUCCCUAUUACGACACAGCCAGCUUCUAUCUUGUGUCCAAUGUUAAGAGGUGUUUACAGGCCCUACUUACCUGGUAAUAUCACAGCCGUGCCACUGGCCAGGUUGAGCAGACUCCCUCUUGUUGCACCAAGGAUGCCUGCUGCAGCUCCUGGGCUGUACCAUUACCUCCCUGCAAACAGGUUUCCAGCUGCUCCCACAACUUCUGCUGGGGAAGCACCUAUAUAUCUUGGAAAGUCUGGAGCGGCACCCGGGAAUAAUGUCAGAACUGGAGGUGUAAAUAUGAGUCAGCUUGUGCCGGCCCAGACCACGCAGAGGCAGGAACAAAGUGGUAUUCCUCAGCAAAAUAUUUCAGCUCCCGUGACUCAGAAGUUCAUCUCUGAUGCUAAUCAGGCUGACAUUGGGCUCAUCCAGCAGCAGCAACAGUUACAGCAUCAAGCGCAAUCACAACAACAGCAAGUACAAGUCCAACAGCAACAAGUACAACAGCAGACACAACAGCAACAAGUACAACAGCAGACACAACAGCAACAAGUACAACAGCAGACACAACAGCAACAAGUACAACAGCAGACACAACAGCAACAAGUUCAACAGCAAGUACAGCCCCAGCAAGUACAUAUGCAACAGCCCCAGCAAGUACAGCCCCAACAAGUACAAAUGCAACAGCCCCAGCAAGUACAGCCCCAGCAAGUACAAAUGCAACAGCAAAUGCAACAGCAGAUACAACAGCCACAGCAAGUACAAAUGCAACAAGUUCAACAACAGCUACAAGCAGAACAGCAGCUUGAACAGCAGAAAGAACAGCAGCUACAAAAGCAACUGCAGCAAUUGUUGCAGCAGCAACUGCAGCAACAAAAGCAACAGGAAGCCCGGCAAAGUGACACUGCAAGGACUGGUGCUGGUAGGAGGAAGCACGAGGACAAAGAGGAAGAGCAUCAGCGAAAGCAGCAGCAAGACCACAUGCUGCUCAUUGAGCGGGAACGUGUAGAGCUGGAAAAGCUGAGGCAUCAGCGCCUGCAGGAGGAAUUGGAACGCCAGCGCCUGGAGUUGCAGCGCCACCGGGAGAGUGAACAAAUCAUUGUGCAACGCGAGCUUCAGGAGCUGCAGACCAUCAAGCAGCAAGUAUUACACCAACAGCAGGAGGAGAGGCAGGCCCAGCUUGUGUUGCAACGAGAGCAGUUGGCACAACAAAGGCUGCAACUAGAGCAGAUUCAACAGCUCCAACAGCAACUGCACCAGCAACUGGAAGAGCAGAAAGUACGAAAUACCGUAAGUUUUCCUGCAGUUUGUGACCCUUCAGGCAGGAUCAAUCCACACAGCAUGUCAGAAAUGGCUAUUGAAAUGCAAAGAACAAUAGCUCAGAAUGGGCAGUACUGGCCUGUGAACCAGCCAUACAUGGAAGGUGCCCCUGUUGCCACUACUGCCCAAGAAGCAUAUGUAUCUCCACAUCACAGGGCAUUCAUAGAAGCACCACAACGAUCCACUUCUGAACUGUCUCUUCGAACUGAUGAGCACUGGGAAAAUCGAACCAUCAAGAAGCGCAACUCAGUGCCUAGGCUAAGGGACGCUUAUGAGGGAGAUGAUGCAUCCUUACGUGAUCAGUAUGUGGUUAAGAAAAUAGCAGACUGCAGCGUACAGACUGAUGACGAGGAAGGUGAGGAAGGCUACUACAUAUCCCGUCGGAGAAGACCUAAACGGAGUGUGGAUUGCAGUGUACAGACAGACGAUGAAGACAAUGGAGAAUUGGAGCAACCUACUCGUAGACGCCGUUCCAGGUUCUCAAAGCAUUCAGAUUCAAGCACAGAGCACAAGCGGGAAGCAUCAAAGGGGACCUCAAGUAUUGCCAUACAAACCGUCAAUGAUUGCUCUGUCCAGACAGAUCAACAUGAGCUCGGGCCAGUUUUCCCUGCCAUCCAUAUCACACCUGACCCACGAGUGGAAAUUGUAAGAUACAUAUCUGCUCCUGAGAAAACCUACAAAGGUGAGAGUCUUGCUUGCCAAACGGAGCCUGAAGCACAGUCACAAGGCAUUGUUGUCCCUCAGUUUGCAAUUCCAACCACCAUUAAUCCCUACUCUACUAACAUACAGAUUGUAACGUCUGGCCCGCUGGACCAAACCAAUAACAGGCAGCAGGGAGUUAUGAUCGUCCCAAAGGCUGAGAAGAAGAAACCAGAUCCUUUGGAAAUAGGAUAUCAGUGUCAUCUCCCACCUGAGCCUUUGCCUCAAAUGACUCGCCAGCCUCCAAAGUCUCCACAAGUUCUCUACUCGCCUGUCUCACCGCUGUCCCCACAUCGGCUAUUAGACACAUCCUUCACUUCAUGUGAGAAGCUAAACAAAGCCCACGUUACUCCUCAAAAACAUUUCACCACUGAAUCACCUAAACGGCAGCAAAGUCUGCCUCGGCCAAUCAAAGUGAUGCAGCGCUCCAUGUCUGACCCUAAGCCUGUCAGCCCGACCUCAGAUGAAUCUGGGAAAUCUAGAUUUUUCACUCAUCAACAACAACAGGCCCUGCAUGGCAGUCAGAUUGGAACUUGGCAGCAGAGCACUACGAAGAAAGUGAAAAGAACCCUGCCUAGUCCUCCACCUGAAGAAAUAAUACAUAGCAGUACACAACUUCAUCCACAGCUGUUUGGAACCUCCCUACCCCGGAAACGGGGAACUCUACCUGACCAAGUCACUCGCGAUAGACUCCUUAAGGAUAUCAGCCAUGAGCUAGAGAAAGUGGAGCAAGAAUCAAACAAACUGCAGAAGAAACAGGCAGAACUUGAUGAAGAAGAAAAGGAAAUUGAUGCAAAGCUUCGUUACAUCGAACUGGGAAUUAAUCGUAGAAAGGAAACCUUUGUCAAAGAACCAACAAAGCGAGACGUGGGCUAUGUGCGAGGCUUAGGAGAAGACAGAGACUAUAUGUCAGACAGUGAAGUCAAUAAUAUCCGAAUGCCAUCGUAUAAUAGCAACAAUGUCUUAGCUAGGCCACAAACUGCCCCAGUUAAUCAGUAUUCUGAAUACUCAAUGUCACAGCACCCAACCACAUCGUCUCAGUACCCUCCAUCACAGACCACUCCUCAGGGUUUGACAACUUACCAAACUGCAGGUUAUCAGACAUCUCAGUACCCAGUUCCCAACACUUACCAGUCCCAAAGCAAUCUUCAGUCUCACUCCACUUUACAUUCUCAGAACACUUUUCAGCCACAUGCAUAUCCCCAGAACACAAAUUACCAGACUGACGGUAGUUUACAGAAUGUAACUGGACUUCAACCAUCGAACCAGUACCAAGCUCCUGCCACUUAUACAAAUCAGGCUUCAUUUCAGUCUGGUCACAAUGCUCAGUAUCAGCAACAGACAAACAUCCUGUCACAGCAUCAGAAACCUCGGCAAACAUCAUUAGCAGAUCUUGAACAGAAAAUACCCACCAAUUAUGAAGUGAUUGGUAAUCCAAAUGCAAUUAUUUCUGCGACUCCAACAGACAAAAUUUACACAACCGCAACAAUGAGUAACAGCUAUGACCAGUAUAAGAAUGCAGAUUUGAGAGUUACUGAUGGUGGAAAUGCAAUAGAAAGUCCUUCAACUAACUAUUCAGCUGACUCUCUGUAUACAAACCUGGAGCACAAUGUUUCUCGUAAUUAUGUUAUGAUUGAUGAUAUCAGUGAAUUGACCAAAGAGAAUACCUCAGCAACAGAAAGCCAGAAAGUAGAUCAGCCUGCUCAACAUAGUAGUUCAAGGCAUGCUAAAGAAAAAAACGACUUCCCAGAGUCAACCAACUCCACUAGAACACAUGCUUACAAUAAAGUGGAUGAUGAAUCAGAGGAAGACAUGUACGACGUCCAGGUAUCAGACCAUCGAGGGAAGAAUGGAUACCAAAGGAAUUCUGAUAGCCAUAGCAGAAUAUCAAGUUCUUCAAGUGGAUAUUACUAUGCAGAUAACAAUCACAGACAUCCUUCCCGCACAGACAAGCACAACUCUUCUUAUGGGUCUCAAAAGCAUUCAUCAAAACAAAUGGCUCCUGCUGUAGUAUCUAGCAAGCGCAGCAAACACAGAAAGCAAAACAUAGAACAGAAAAUCUCCAAGUUUUCUCCUAUAGAAGAAGCCAAAGAUGUGGAAUCUGAUUUUGCUUCAUAUACUGUCACAACUUCAGCUGCAGGAAAUAAUGUAAUCCUUAGGGCGCAGAAGCUUCAGGACGAAAUAACAUAUGGUCUCAAGAAAAAUAUUUAUGACCAGCAGAGAUAUUCUGGUCACAUUAGUAGAGAAGCAAUGGAAGAUUCAGAGAGAGGAUACAGCAACAGACCAAGGUCAUCUUCAAUGUAUGGAAUGGAAAAAGCAGGCAAAGAAGCAGCAAGUCCAAGAAGUAAAUCUUAUGAAAGAGACACAAUGGAGAGGUCUCAAAAGAUAGGAACGAGCCAUAGUCGAGGCCGGGCUCCAGUAAAAUCCCAGGCAUCUGAAGAGGAAAGUCCUCUGAGUCCUACGGGAAACCAGAUGCAUGUGGCACGGACCUCUAGAGAAUCCCUCCCACCAAACGUUGUAGAUAGUAGAUCCCAAUUUGGCUCCAGCCACUCCCUGCCUGAUGUUCAGGAUGUGAAAGAGUCAUCACGUAGCCAUACCUACAGAGAGGACGAUGGUUACGUCAUGGAUGAUAUGCACUGUGCUGUUUCUGACAGUGAAGCCUAUCACUUGGGCCAAGAGGAGACAGACUGGUUCGAAAAGCCGAAGGAGCGCUCCAGGCAUUACGGUGGACAGUCUUCAUCGCAGAGGCGCAGCCACCGAAACCACUCGCGCCACAACUAUGAGGAGACACCAGCGGAUGAGAGCUGGCAGCAAGCGGAGCGCUCACAGUCGCGGUACUCCUCAAAGGAUCACCAGAAGCAGCCUGCGUACCAGUACGGAGAGCCGGCCCGCCACUCUUCACGCCACGCCACUGAUGAGCCUUCCCGCAAGUCGUCAAGGCAGCAUCCGAAAGAGCAGCAUCGCCAAGAAUCCCGGCAAUACGCUCAGCAGCCUCCGCAGAGGAGAGGCCAAUCGGCCGAGCAGAGAUCCCAACGAGACCCUCACUCGGCUUCUGCCGAGUGGACCCAGCCUCGGUCAUCUGGGCAUCACCCGGAAGCUGAGGCGUCCCGGUCACAGAAGCACUCUCAGCAGCAGCAACAGGCAGCCAGGAAACAGUCGGAAUCUCCUCAGCAACAAGGCCGGGCCCAGCACAGCCAACCUGCCUCGUCGAGGAGUCAUUCUCAGCGGCCUGCACCAUCGCAGCAAAGAGCGGCGCCAGCGCAGCAGCAGCAACCACGCCAAGCCCAGCCUCAUCAACAGCAACAGCAACAUCCAGGGCCCGCCCAACAACAGCAGCCGGCGCUGCUGCGGCAACCUCAACAACAACAACAACAACAACAGGCGCUGCUGCAACCUCAACAACAACAACAACAACAGGCGCUGCUGCAACCUCAACAACAACAACAGGCACAGCAACCUCAACAACAACAACAACAGCCGCGGCAGCAGAGUCUUCAGCAAUCAGCAGGUCAACCCCAGCCCCAGACACAACCCCAGCCACAGGCACAACAGGCACAGACGAGACCUGCCACCACCAUGACAAAGCCAGGUCAAACAACCGCUGGAAAACCUGCAGUGAAACAAGCAACUGCACCACAGCAAGCUGCUCAUGUAGCAGGUUCCAAACCAGGUGAAGAAAAAGAGGGUGAUAUCGGAGCUUUUGUCUCCAAAAUGUUGCCAGGAGGAGCAGCUGAGCAGGCUGGGAAACUGACUGAAGGCAUUGCUUCUUUUGGCCGUAAAUUAACUUCGUUUUGGUGAUCGUGCUGCUGUAAGGAAACUUGAUGUGGGAGUGGAGAGAGAUGGAACACACUGAAAAAACCUAUGAAGAUGAGAAUACAUUGAACAAGAAACCUAAGAGCGUGGGACUCUGUGUAACUCGAAAAGAGGAAGAGGCAAAAUUGGGACCUGAAUGGCAACAGGAUACUAAAUAUGCACAUUGAAUGGAGAGACAGUUUUUAUUCAACUCUGGCAGAAGGACUGUAGAACAUCUUCGAUAUUGAAGGCCAGACAGCAACAGAAAGCCAUGAGUCUGUGUGAGGGCAGAGAAUGAAUAACCUCACUGUCCUUAUCCAGCACUGCAGGAAAUAUAACCCCAGUAUCUGACAGCUCUGCCAAGGAUUUUCUGGUCGUCCCAUAGAUGAAAUUGUAAGGUGAAGCUCGUCAGUGUCUGUCUAUGCAAUGUGAAGAGGAAAACGCAUCCAAAGGGGAACACUGUACCUUGUUCAGAGUUUACACAAAGGCUGGCUGUGCUGUAAGCAUUGUUGCAGGUUGCCCGAAGAAUUGAGGAUGUUGCACGGCGUUUCAGGAUAUCUGAUGUCUUGGUUCUCAGGAGACUAUUACACAUGGGCACACAAUGACAUUUUGGAGGCCAAAUUUUGAGCAAGUUUGAAUCUUCUGCUAGUUUUGGUGGAAUUUUAAAUUGAAGCCUUUUUAGGCCAUUGAAAAUCUCCAUCUAUUGGCUAUCACAAGACAAUAUCCAGUGAUGGUUUGGGGAUGCCUUCUGCCUAAUGAUGAAUAUUUGGAAUUUUUUUACCUCCAAAUGAUGUUUGCAGAAUUUGGAAUUCCUUAUGCCUGUUCAAUGACCUCUUACCUUGGACCCUGAAGGGAAAGAUUGGAGCAUGCACAGAGUCCAGUUUCUCUCACUAAAGCUUUUGAUCUUCAUAGGUUUUUUCUGUAUUCAUACAGCAGAAUUCCCUGAGGUGGACUUAUUACCUUUUUUAGGGCUGGGAGCAAAAGCUCCAUUUUUCCCAAACAUUCCACUGUCUUUUGUUCAGUUUCCAGCUGAUUCUUUAAGAUGGGCAGGUGCAACUCUUGUAUGCAAAUUGUUGUGGGCCUCGAGGCAUUCUAGAGUAUGAUGGCAGUACUCAGCCCCUUACCCAGGACCUAGCAUUCUUCAAUGAUUGUGAACCAUAAGCACUGGUCAUAAAGACCAGAAGUGUUAAAAGUGACCACAUAACUGGUGACACCUGGACUGACAUCGUGGCCAGUCAUGUCAUUGCAGCUAUCAGAAGCUAUUCCAUUCCUUUAUUUUCAGUGAGCGUACUCUACAUAAUGUUUUCUCGUCAACAUGUUUGCCUGGUAUUUUUCUAUAUGCUAUUUUGCAGCCGCCUUAAUCAUUCCAAUUUUCUAUUGUAUACCUCAAACGGAUUUUUGUUUUCUUUUGUAUAUGACCUGCAUUUUUCCUUGCCGCUAUGCAGUACUGGAUUUGUAUGGGGUAGGAAGGGGGAGGGAUGGUACUUUUGGAAACAAUAGGUCAGUGGGAGGCUGACAAGAGCAUAACUGGAAGAGAAAGCUUGCCUCUGCCCUGGAUCUAUGGUAAUGUGCAAUUCAUUUGGGCUUCCACUCAUCAGAAUAGGAUGGAAGAAAACAAUUACCAAUUCAGAUUUUCUAUGCAAUGAUGAGAAAACUGUGUUAAUAUUUAAUACUGAAUUCAAUGUUAUAUAUAAAUGGCGUAAAUUAAGAUUAUGCUACUGAUAUUGAGAAGCAAUGUUUUAAGUGUAACUCAUUACCUGUUGUGACCUGUCAAGUGAGGUGUUGUUGAACCUUUUGACGGGAUCCGUUGCCAAAGGCAUCGCCAUGUUAAAACAGUGGACUAGUACUGUGCUUGUCUUCGUCUCCAGGUUAGAGCAUGACUUGCUGAUUCAGUGCUUGCCUUCCAUUUUGUUUGGUAUUGUAGUUGUUAGCGUUGCCCAUAUUAACCAUAUGCACUUGCUCUUGGCAAGCCACGACCCAGGAAGUUCCAGCUGUACUCGGGGAAUCCAAUUUGUAAUCUAUUAGAUUUCCCAGUCUUGGGGCAGGACAUUUCUGUUUAAACUGGAUACAUCAUAUUCUAAAUACCUGACUCUCUCUACUCUUCCAGCUCUGUUGCUAAUGGAAUGACAAUCCAGACUAAUAAUUCCCAGAUACAGAAGCGCUCAAGUGUUUUCUAUUUAUGGAUACUAAAGGCAAAUUAAAUGCACAUACGUCAAUCAGAGAAAGAUGAGGUGGGGUUUGAGAUGACCUGAGGAAUAUAAGUUAAGCACAUUAAUUUAUAGUUUGGAUGGUCAGACUUUAGAUGUUGAACUCAGCGCCUUGAAGGUCAAACCAUCCAGAGGCUGGUGAUUUAUUUUCAGUUUAAUGUGUAGGAUUUUUGGUUUCGGUGAGGUUUUUCCAACUUUUGUGAUCCUUUUCACUUCCGUCGUUGGACUAUCACCCGCCUGUCAUGAACCCCCAUCUGGAAACAAGUGGAAUUAUUACAAACUCUAACACCGACAUCACCAGAUCAUCUAUCAGCAUUUGGAGUCCAUCCAAUUUCAAAUUACGGAUCAAUCUUCAGUCAUCCUCUAAGUUCCAGAUGCCUCUGCCAUCAGCUACUUUCUGACGAAUGAACAUCAUCAAACUCGACAUAUGCCUUAGAAUAUCAACCUGAUGUUCUACCCUUUUGCUGGCAGAAACCUAGAAAGGAAUUUGCAUAAAGUGGGGCUGUUUAUUGAAGUUGACCUAUGGACUUCUUCCCAAGAUUUAAGAUUCAAUCAAUAGAGUCCUAAAUACCCCUGUUACUACGUAGAGCCUUGGGGAUAUCACUUUUUCUCGGUGGCUGACUGGUUUCACUGAUUACUGCUCCCUCCCCAUUUUGUGUUGUUUUACCCGCAAUCAGCAAGCUAUCUGCACCUUCCAUAUGUUGUGAUGUCAACCUGUAUGUAUGUUUGUAUGUGCAAGUGUAUGUAAAUGCAUGAAUAAUCAAUUCUGAAAAAAACAGUUGGUGUGAACUUAUUUAUGACUAAUCAUGUAUUCAGUGAGCACUCGAAGACAAAAACCCUUCAGGGUGACACUAACAUUUUGGGAGAUGCAGUCACAUUUCUAUAUAAAAGUAUCAUCAUAAGAAGAUGCUUUUACAGUCUAAUCGGCAGCAUAUAUAUUUAUAUAGAGGUACAUCAGAUUGAGGAAUAUAAUAAGGUUCUGUAAAAUACUGAAAUUUUACUUCAGAGUAUCCAACAUUAAAAAUGUAUAUAAAAUUAUUUACAAUUCUGUAAGAGAGAUGGUGUAUAUUUUGAAAGCUAUAAAAAGAGAUUUACUAUCUAAGAAGUUUAAUGCAUUUAGGUUUUAGGUGUUUUUAAGGGUUGUGCAAUCAAAGAUUUACUUCCUCUCUUGUGUGGUAUUUGUGAAUGAAGAACACAGAUACAUAGUCUGUAACUGAACAUUACUAUCCACUGGAAAUAAUGUUAUCCUGCAUCCCACCACAAAGAUCCACAAUUAUCUCUCAACCAAAAUAGGACAGUAAAUUGCAUUCGGACUUCUUCCUGGAAACUCUAGAAGGACUGAAGUUCUUCAUUAAAUCUUUGCAGCCAUUGCAUUCGAAAGAAAAAUUCAAAUCUUAUUUAACAGGCUAUUACAUAUUUGAGACUCUCAGUACAGGCAAUGAAAAGUGAAUAAGAGAAUUCUCAUGUAUUCAACAUUAGGAAAAUAGAGGCAUUUUAAAAUCAAGAUCUCAAUUAGUUCUAGUCUCUUAACAUGAGCAACUUAAUAGGGAACACUGCCACUUUGAAUAUUUAACAAAUAUCCAUGAGAGGUUGAAUUAAUAGGUUAUCAGUUCAGGCUGGGCUGAAUCCAUUUUCAUUGAUUGAAUGAGCAAAUCAUAGGUACGCAACUUCUCAGUCUUAACUGUCAAAAUGUUGCAGAUGGUUUUCAAAGGUACAUCUGGUGCUCUAAUGCUGAACUGCUGGAUUACUGCUACUCGAGAACAUUAGUGAACUUUAUGAAUAGCAAAGUAGCCAUCAAGUAGUGCAAUUGCAAUUUUGUCUGGCAUCCCAUAGACUUUUCAUAACUAAUCUCCAUAGGCCUUGGACGUCAGCCAUGUAGAGUGUAACUGAAAAUGCAAGUUAAAAGUAUACAUGCUGACCAUCAAAUGGUUAGAAUGGAAUUAAGAAGCAAUUCUUUAUAAAAGGCCAUAUAAAUCAAUAUGGUAUUUCAAGCACACACAAUGGGUUUCAAAAUGUAAACUGGGGUAGGUUAAAAAAGUUUUUAUUUAAUGACGAUUAUUUGAAUCAGAUUCUUUAUAGAGAUUAGGGACAUCUUUGCCUAUUUUUUGUGUUUUUAAGUAUUACUCUGAGGAUUAUUAGUGAGUAAAUGCAAUGUACAGUUUGACAAAAAGGAAUUUCUUGUUUUGAGAUGAGACUGUAGGUUGGGUUCAGCGUGGAUGAAGUGCUUUUAGAAAUCGUUGUCUAAAUGUCCCUUUAACAGGUAAAACAUAAUAAAGUACAGGCCACACAACACCACUAACAGUACCAAAUCACAAAUUGCCACAGAGGCCACACAAACAUUCAGUUUUAUCACAGACAUUGGCAGACAUCUCCAGUCACUAAAAGUUACAAUCUCCCCUCAUAGCUCAUCUGUUGUCUUCAUUUGCUGAUGAACCACAUUCUUGAAGAAAGACACUACACUGCAACCUUAAAGAAGGUGAAUUUAGAGGAGAUGAGUGUUGAAUGGCAUUUGGAACUGAGGUCAAUAUUGUGCAGUGCACAAUAAUUAUAUUAAGAGGCUACCCUUGGUGUCUGAACAAGUGAAUAGCUGGAGCCCUGAACAGUCAGGUUAUUAUAGGGUGAUAAUAAGGAUGCUUCAGUAGGCUUCAUUGUCUUUGACUUAGCAGGGAAUAAAUGCCCAAGGUUCUAGUUGAGAGUAGGUAAGUCUCUCUCACGGCUCCAGUGCCUGAUUUUCUUGACCCAUUAGGACUAUAAGUCCAGAAAAAUGGAAAAGGUAGGCAUGUUAUCUUUAUCCUCCUCACUUUGUUUGCCUAUCCAAUGACAGUGUCAGCCCUGUACUCCCUAUAUGAUGAGCCUUUAGUCAGUGCAGCCUCCACUUUAUUCAAGUUUCGUGAUUUUAACGCAGUUGAUUUGGCUGCUAAAGAUGAUAUUUGUUUCUCUAUGUAAAUAUUUGUACAGUGUGUAAAUCUCAUCAGAUUAUCUAAACAGCCACUGGGUGUGGGUAUCACAUACCAGCAAUCCUGCCAACUUAUGCUUGUUUAAAAAAAUAAUUUUAAAAUACGGCAAAAAAACCAUUGUGUUUGUGGCUGGCUCAUAUAGACCAUUGAGAAACUGUAUUCAGUUGUUAUCUGUGUAGAGUUUUUACAUGUUGUGUAUGAAAAUGAGGUGACUUCCUAAACUGAACCUGACUUCCAUGGACGUGGAAGGAGGACUGUAAAACUCACUGUUAUAAGUGCAAUGAAUAAUUCAUGUAUGAACAUUGUAAAUGUGUGCUGCACUGUAUACUGUGAUGGCUGUAGUAUUGAAUAUAACAUGAUAUUGUAUAAUGUGAUUGUGUAAAAGGUGU